GGGAGGAAGAGGGAAAGGGAGAGCAAAAGGAGGGCGGAGGAGGACCCGACUUGGGCGAGGGACGCAUUGGGAGCAGCUGCGCGCCUGCCUCGCCGCCUCCUCCCGUCUGCCCAACGCACCAGCCACGCAGCAAGCGGAGUAGGAUGGGCAGCGGCAGCAGGGCUCUCCCCUCGCCCCGCAGCAGAGCCGGCGGCUGGCUCCAUCUGUUGACAGCUGCGGCAGCCGCGCUCUGCUUCGGCGGGGCAGAAGGCAAGGUAUACUAUUCUUGUGGUGCGCAGCUCAGCUCCAUGGAAAGAGGUCUUAUUUUAUCACCUGGUUUCCCAAACAAUUACUCAUCAGGCAUGCACUGUGUUUGGCAGUUUUUUAUUCCUGCUAGAACGUACUUAAUGUUGGAAAUUUUUGACUUUGAUGUCUUUGAAAGCAUAAGUGGGAACCCAAAUGCUUGGGAUGAUUUUCUUCCUUUUCCGAAAAAUACAAAGAAGGCAAUCACUCCCACUGAGGAAAAGUCAGACUUUUCCACUGUCUCCCCUACCAAGGAUUCUUUGCUCCAAGAUUCUCCCUCAAAGGACUUUACUAGCCUUCAUGAUAGAUCUCCAGAAGCCACCACACAGAUACAGGAGUCCAAACAAUUAAAGUCAUCUGCAGAACCAAAAGAGUUAGCCAGUACUCAGCCUCAUGGGCUACCGUUAACAGGAUCAACCAAUGUCUCUUUGCUGAGACAAAAUACUGAUGGGCGAGAAGAGAACAAAGACCCAAAGGACAAAAUAUGGUUUGCUCACCUCACUGCUAGGGGAGGAGAUAAAACACUUGUAGAGGAGGUAGGUUUUGGAGAGAAUGUGACCUCUCCAAUGGUCUUCACAAUGGAUACUUCUUCCACCCAGCAGCCAUUAGCAGAUGUUUGUCCCCUUGAUGUUUUGUACGUCUCUGACCUCAUUGCCUUUUCUUCCCGCUUUUGCGGCACGAAUUCACCGCUGAACAAGAACAUGACUUUUGGGUCUUCUCUGAAGAUGGUAGAGGUAAUCGUAGAGCUGAUCACAAUGACGGACCGUGGGCGAGGUUUUGCUAUGCUCUUCGAGUACAAGAACGAUACGGACCUGAUGGACACGAAGGACUCAAAGGAGGGAAAGGAGAAUAUUAUGAUGCUGGUAAUCAUAACAGGGAUCCUGUUCUUUGCACUUGUUCUCUUGUCCACACUUUGUAUAACUUGCAGGCAGAAAUUGUGUCCCAAAAGGAGUUCUUUAGAUGCCCGCUGCGACCAAGAGAAUGGGAUCCAGAAUGCUGGCAUUGAUAUCAACGAACUCCGCUUGGUGAUGCCAAGUCAAGAGAAUGAAAACAACAACCACUCUGUUGGUGGGAAUGGAGCAGUCACUUCCUGUGAAGGCAGUAGAGGGUGCUCUCCUCCUCAGACAGACCCAGAUGCACCCUCUUCCAUGUCGGCAGUGACGACUGAGUCUGGGAGCGAUGAAGUGUUUAUCAUUUCAGCUGGCCCUGGAGGUGAUGGCUUGAAUUUUACCUCCUACCGAAUACAGGACAAAAGCCUAAAAAGAAGCAUCACCAGUCCAGGUUCGGUUUCUGAUUGGCUGACUACAGAUCACAUGGGUCCAGGCAUGGGCACUGCUGGCAAAGGGUCCACGCAGUCUGAGAGCCAUUACCCGAGGCAACGAACAUGGAGUGCACGUGCUUUUCAUGACUUGCUGACUCCGAUACCUCAGCUGCAGAAAAAAUGGUGCACUUGGACCACGAAUAGUCCUUUCACAAAGCUGGUGAACAACAGUGGCUUUCCAACAUCUGCAAGGAACCAGCCUGCAGCGUCUCGAAAAGUAACAUCUGCCACCGAAAUAGAGGUUGCCUCUGAGCUGGCUUACUCUGAGUCAUCUGCUAGCACUGCAUCCUACCCACUGACACAUUCAGCCCAAAAACAGCGAAAGCUGAGCAGCUCCAACUUGAAAAGAUCCCGGUUUGGAAAUCCUUACUUGGGCUUUCUAACAAGUUCCCCUGACAGCAGCCGUCCAAGGCUAACUGAUCACUCCAAGCAUUUGGGCAUCCGGUCUCCAGUCAACAGCCAAAGCCAGGGACUCAAAGACCCUCGGGAAAGCUCCAUCCAACUGGCAAGCAAUGCAGUCAAUGGCUCAAAAUCCAAGGAGCCAUCAUGGCCGGAGAUGGACAAGCCCAAACCCGUUUUUGUUAUUUCUGAAGAAGGGGAUGACAAACAGCCGUUGGUACUAGCAGAGCACGUUAAUCCGUGUGCAGAUACUUUAUCUGAGCCGAACAUUAUCCAUGAUCUAGAGAUCGCCAUGGUGGAAGAGCAACCAGUAGGCCUGCCUCUUAGAGAAGGCAGCCCGGCUGAGUCCCCCAACAUCAGGACAGACCAUGACCUUUGGGGGGAGUACUCCGGUUCAUACAGAGAUUCAUUGAAGGGCUGCAGUUCUUACAAGGAACAAAGUUACUCGCCUGUUACGGACACUGGCAACCCCAGCACUCAUCAACAUUUUGAUUCCCUAGCAUCUCGCACUUUGUGUCAAACCUCCGUUCAAUAACUCUUCCAAACACGGUAUCCAAGCUGACAGCAGAUGUUCACAUUUGUUGCAGUUGGAAGCAAUAAAGACAAUAAAUGUUCCUAUGUGAUGGAGCGGAAGCUGUACCGCACAUAAAAUGCGGAAGGUGUGUUGAGGCAGCCUUGUGGGCAUAGUGAUCAUGUGAAUGUGUGCUCUAUUGCAUUUCCACCUCUCCUGCUAAGUUGCAUCUAAUGACGGGCAAAAAUCGCAGUGCAUGGAGUUUUUGUAUUGGCUUACGGAGAUCUUAUAGAGAACACCCGCUUGGUUCAUCUGAAAAAGAAAUCAGGCUUUCUUAGAGAGGUGUUUGAAUAGGGAGGUACUGUCUGUUCCGAUGCCCUACCAGGAAACAAAUGAUCAGGUCUGUGUGAAAAAGGUCAUGCUGUUUUUGACACAAUAGUUUGCAACAUAACAACCAAAUUCUCUCCACGGGGAUAACUUGCACAAUCCCUUGCUGAAGUUUCAUUGUGGCUGCACAGAGGUUAGGAUGGCUAGAAUUCAGAGCUGUGUUGGACAGAAAAAUAAAGAGGUACAUGAUAGCCAUGUGAGCACAAAAUGUAGUUCAUGUUAUCCUUGUUUGAUUUUCACCGCAUUUAGGUGUAAGACUAAAUUCGACAAUUAGGAUUGCCAGUUUCUUUGGGGGAGGAGAUCUUUAGUUUUCUUAAGGACUCCGUUGGAAGGGGAUGGUUUCCCUUCCUCUGUUCUGCAGAGAUCUGUCUGUUUUCUCCUUCUUCCCCUGGGCCCUGGCACAGGGGAAUCUCUCACAUGUUAACAGUACCAUCUGGAAAGAAUUAUGGCUAACUUGAUAGUCUUGAUGCUUCAGAGAGAUGAAUGCAUACUUGGGGAAACCAUACCUAGUGGUUGGUCAUUGUUCAAAGAAUACCCAUUUCAAAGAACUAAAAUCUCACGAAACCUUGCUAAUCACCCUUGCGGGUGAUUCUCACAGGAGCACAAGCCUGUUUGCUGCAUCUGUCUAGGCUUUGCUGCAGCAUUAAAAACACUGUGACGUGUGGAGUGGAGAUGCCUGAAAUGUGGGGGCACCAGAAAUCCUGGUUAUCUGCAGCUUCCUGGCACACAUUUAUUUGCCAUGCCUUCAUAGUGUUCUGCUGCUGCAAAUACUGGCGUGUGGAAGACAGAUAGGAGUGCUGUCUCAGUUGUGAUAAUUACUUUUAACAGGGUUGGCUGGAAGGAUCAAAAUGAGCAUAUGCACACACACGCACACGUACACACAUUCUUGUGUGAAGGAAAUUAAAGUGCUAGAGACACUGUCUCUGUCUACCAGUAGUGUUGAAGCCUGCUUAUGAGCAUGCUUCUGGAGGUCAUGAUGUCGGAACCUGUCUACUACAUCUGGUUCCUGAGAUUCUCCUGACUUCUUUGCCUAAGAUCUGGAACCCGGGCGUAAAAUGUGGGAACCGGACUUGAGUGGGUUCAGAUGUCACGUCCGCUGAGAACAUGCGCUCUUGCAUCCCAACACAUCCUCAACAUUUCCUCCCAAACCCGCUGUCGGUCAUGUGAACUCACUCUGUGUGGCUUCCCUGCCCCUCACUGUGCUAUCUGUCCUAGUGACACUUUCUACACCCUUAAACUAGUUUGUAAAGAUUUUUUUUUUUUUUUUUGCUGGGGUCCCCAAGAACUGUGCUUUGCUGAAGAUGCUUGACAUGAGAGCUCUGUACCUCUUGAAAAUAGUGUUUUUUUGUUGAGAUCUCUAGCAUUCCUUGAGAGGGAAGCCAUGACAGAUCAUUUUUGUGCCUGUAGUGCCAAUUAUGUGCCAUUUGUAAAUUGCAUGCUGGGACAUUUUUCAGCAUAUACUGAAUAUUCUGUUCUUUCAACUUGCUGCUGUAUUGUGUGUUUGUUUUGAUACAAUACUCUUUAAGGCUGAUAAAUACUUAUUGCUUGUUCAGUCAUUUGCCUUUCAUUAUGAAGGAAUGCUUUUCUGUCAUCACCCAUCCUGACGACCCACGCACACUAAAUGGAGAAAAGUUUGUGGCCAGAAGCAGCUGCGUAAUUCUGAAGACAAAUGAAGAAUAUGCACUUUUAAGACUCAAAAAAAGGAAAGUCUGCUCACACUUACUACCUUCCAGUAUUUUAAUUGUUGCCCCAUUAUAAGUUGGUGAGAAAUGUUCAAAAGCACUUCACGUUUCACCGUCCUUCUUGAGCUGUGUGAUGGUGUCUGGUUCCCACAGUUGCUUGAGAUAUUUAAGCCUCUAACUAUCUGCUGAAAAACAGGUGUGUGUAGGAGUGGAUUCUUCAUGGAAAUCUCUCUCCCCUCCAUCAAUCAAAUAAAGUGAUUUUCAAUUUUUGCUAUGCAA